AUGUUGUGGCUUGGAAUAUUUGCAUGUGGGAGCCGUGUGAAUGGAUUGGAGAUGCCGUUAUUUAAAAGAAAGCCAUUUGCUUUGGCGGAAAAACCAAAGGAUUUGAAGCCGAAUGAACUCGUGUUCCAAGUUCGGUUUACUAAAGAGAUAUUUAGGGAUUAUAGUGAAUAUCUGAGACGAAUAAACCUGUAUCGCCAUAGGGUGUGGACAUGCAAAUUGACAGGAAAGAAUUACUUGACGUAUGAGGAAGCUUUGGUUUCGGAGAAGAAAGCUGCAGAAGAAGUUCAGAAGUUCCCUGAGGAACUAGUGGCUCCAGUUCUUCGCGAUGUGCAAUUCAGUUCUGAUAUCACUGCAUUUUCUGAAUCCCAACAAGAAUGGAGCGCAAAGCACUUCAUUGACGUAGUUAUAUUGUCAUGUUCAUGCUUUAGCCUUGUGUCUGAGAGUGGAGAGCACUACUUCAUGGUUUGCUGCUGGAAUAAAUGCAACUUGUUCCAGCUCCAAGGAUCAAGUGCAAAACUAAUCAAACUAGAACUAGGUAUGCUCAGUUUAAAAGAUCUUGGGGAUGCUGUUGCUCAAAAAUUACAGGGCUGUCUUUCAGAAGGUAGUGAAUUAUAUGGGAGGAAAAACAAUCAUGUAUAUUCCUGCAAAAUCGAGAGAGUUGUGAAGGAUGGUGAGAAAACUCGUUAUGAGGUUGCAUGGCUAGACAAAUAUGAAAGACUGCCUGAGAAUACAGCCGUCGACGAAGAAGAUCUGAUUAGGUGCAAAUUGCGAUUUAGUAGAGCUUUUCUGAAGUCUUUUAUCAGAGAAUCUACAUAUCGUAGUAUUCCUUGGGUCUUGCAUGAAAAAUUGGCAAAGAAGCAUGGGAUUCCAACUGAUCCCCCAGAUGAUCUUAAAGACCAAUUUUUUAUGCAGGAUGGAGUGGUUGUUGUAAAUAGGAAGAGAAAGAAAAGUGAAGAUAGAGAGGCUAAAGAGAAUGGCUUCCAAGAUCCCUACGAGAUAGGAAGAGAGUUGUUUCUUCUACUUAUUGGUACUUACAUUGUCAAGUCUGAUCAAGGAUACUUACAUUGCACCCAAGAAUCAUUUAUUUCAAGAAAGCUACCUCUUAUUCCACCUUUAUCCUCACAUGUUGGAACUGAAGACAAACUGAAGGCACAGUCCAUUAGAUAUCCAAUCGAUGAUCUUUUGGUGCAAUACACAGAGUUCGAUAAACAGUUGGCUGAACGCCCUCCUCCAUGCAGGGAAUUUAACGUCCCAAUGGAAUGUGUAGGGGAUCACUUGAUGGUCUGGGAUUUCUGUACCUCAUUUGGCAGGUUAUUGCACCUGUCACCAUUCUCCCUUGAAGAUUUUGAAAGGGCUGUCUGUCAAAAAGGCAGCAAUAUUGUUCUCAUAACUGAAUGUCAUUCAGCCCUUCUUCGUUUUCUUUUGAAAGAUAACAGUGAGUAUUUCAUAGCUGUACAGAAGAAAAGACCAAAGCUGAAGAUUACUUUAGUCACCUGGACAGAGUAUUUGUCUGAUUUUUUGGAAUUGACUGGUAUUGUUGAAUUGUCUAAUCAUGUUGCAACAAUUAAGAGGGGUCACUAUGGCCUUCUAGAUAUUCAGGCCAAAUUGACAAUCUUGCGUGAACUGGUCUGUCGAGUCCUUGAGACAGAGUAUUUUAAGGAGAAGUUGGAUGAGGAUAUUGAAAAGCAGUAUGCACUUGCAGCAACAAGGAGAGAGGAAAUUUUGGAAGAAUCUAGGAAGAAGAGAGAAGACCAUUUGAAAAUCCAGUCUAAUGGGAAGGAAGCAACAAAAGGGCGUGGCAACUCCUCAGAUACUGGGAGUGAUAACCACCUCAGAGAGAAUGGAGAUAUGCCAAGUAGCAAUGGCAAACAGACAUCUCCAUCAAAACAUUCAUUUGAAAACAGUGAGAGUGAGCUAACAAUCUCCUCAUUGAAAAAUUCUAAGAAGAGAAAGGUUGACGUCAAAAAUUCUACAGCAAAGAUGAAUGCUUCCUCUAAGAUUGCUUCUGAUAAAUUGAUAAAGGAUGAAGGGAAGGAAAUGUUAGAAAGCAGGAGUAUGGACCAAAGAGCUGCUCACAAAAUGCGGAAGAAUGAGAUAAAGGAGCAUCUUGAAAACAGGAGUAAGGAGCAAAGGAAAGAAUAUCUUGAACGGGAAAUAGAGAAAAGAGUGAUACGCACCAAUCCAUUGGGAAAGGACCGAGAUUAUAAUAGAUAUUGGUUUUUCCGCCGUGAUGGAAGAAUAUUUGUUGAGAGUUCAGAUUCCGUCGAGUGGGGCUAUUACUCUUCCCAGGAGGAGCUUGAUGCUCUGAUUGGAUCACUGAAUGUCAAGGGUGAAAGGGAGAGGGCUCUUAAAAAGCAACUCGAAAAUCUCUACCACAAAAUAAGCUUGGAACUUCAAAAGAGAUCGAAGGAGGUGGCUCAGAAGGCAGAAACAGACGAUGCUGAUGUUCGGAGAUCAACACGUGUCCGUGCUCCACCAGGAGAUAAUCCUGCUCUUGCCUUCUUGAAAGAAAGAAUUAUUGAUGUUAUCAACAACAAUCUGGAGGAAGGUUUUUCAGUUUGUGUGCUUCUCAUUCAAGAUAUAGUUGCACUUCUCUACCACUUCUUAAGGUUAUCUACAGCGUCCAGUGAGGGCGUACAUAGUGCGGAAAAAGGUUUGCUUCAUUUAAUGCCAACAGUAACAUUUGCUGGCACUAGACCACCAGAAACAGAAGUUUACACGAAUGUCAAAUGA